UGAUUGGCGGCGUCUCGAUCAGCCCAAGCAAGGUAAAGAGUCCAAGGUUAAAUAAUGGUCCGUCCAAGGGUUCGUCUGUAACACUCCUCUCAGUCUGCCUAAACAUCGGGCCGGAGAAAGAGAGGGCGGGGGCGUUGCGGCGAAGGAGAUUCACAACAGAGGUCGAUCAGCCAGUCUGCAAGUCCUUGAGCCACUGACACAAGAUGGGCGGGGACAAGUACGUGUGCACCCUGAGUCCUGAGCUCCUCCAGCGGGCCAAGGAUGAGAUCAACGAGGACCCGGAUCGUCGCGAGGCGGACAUCGAGCACAUCAGGGACUGGCUCAGGCACCAGCCGCACAUCAACGCCAGGAUGGACGACUGGACCAUCCUGAGGUUCCUGCGGGGCUGCAAGUUCUCCCUGGAGCGCACCAAGGAGAAGCUGGACAUGUUCUACACCUGCAAGUCGCUGUGCCCCGAGUGGUACAAGAACAGGGACCCGCAGGACAAGAAGCUGCGAUCCAUCCUCGAGCUCGGGCUGGUGCUGCCGCUGACGGGCCGCUCCUCGCGAGAGCCUCUGGUGGUGAUUGUGCGACCCGCCCUGAGGAACCCCGCCACCACCGACAUAAACGACGUGACAAAGGCCAUGCUGUUGGUGAUGGACCUCUUGCUGGAGGAGGACGAGACGGUGGUAAUCAGAGGGUUGGAGGUGGUGCUGGACUCUAGCGCGAUGACGUGGCAGCACGCCGCCCAGAUGAACCCGUCAGUGAUCAAGAAGGCCGCCGUUAUCAUGCAGGACGGAUACCCAAUGCGGCCCAAGGGACUCAACUACAUCAACACCCCCGAGGCCUUCAACACCGUCUUCAACAUCUUCAAGUCGUUCAUGAAGGAGAAGAUGAAGCGAAGGGUGCACAUUCACGGUAGCGACAUGGAGAGUCUCUACAAGGAGGUGCCAAGAGAUAUCCUGCCUGUUGAGUAUGGAGGCACCAACGGGACUGUGGAAGAGAUAAAGAACUACUGGUUGCAGCGCUUGGAUGCCCGCCGGGACUGGCUGCUUGAAGACGAGAAGUUCUGCGUGGACGAGUCGAAGCGCCCCGGCAAGGCCAAGACCUCCGCUGACCUCUUUGGCAUUGAGGGCUCCUUCAGGAAACUCAACGUGGACUAAAGUCAGAUGAUGCUUGGGGUGGGGCGGUGAUGGUUGUGGUGGCAUGUGGUGAUAAUACUGGUGGUUAAUUAAAGAUGAUGUAUUGUGUAAUUGUCUGUGUGCUUGUGUGUGAGUGCGUGUACGUGUACGUGUGUGUGUGUGUGUGUGUGUGUGUGUGUGUGUGUGUGUGUGUGUGUGUGUGUGUGUGUGUGUAUUA